CUGGCUGGAUUUGGGAUGUUCAGGGUGUUUAUUCCAUGCAGGAUUGCCUUCCCACCUCCUGGAAUUCCCUGGAUCGGCUCCGAGGAGGGGGAUUUUUGGGGAGGAAGAGCCCGAGCGAGGAGGAACGGCGUGAACGUGGAAGGAGCCACGCACAAGCAGGUGGUGGAUCUGAUCCGUGCCGGGGAGAAGGAGCUGGUGCUCACGGUGCUCUCGGUGCCGCCACACGAGGCCGAGAGCCUGGAGCCUCCCGAGGAGCCGCUGGGGCCGCCCUUCUACGACUACAGCGAGAAACAGGCGGUGCCCAUCUCCAUCCCCACCUACAAACACGUGGAGCAGAGCGGAGAGAAGUUCGUGGUGUACAACGUGUACAUGGCCGGGCGGCAGCUGUGCUCCAAGCGCUACCGGGAAUUCGCCAUCCUGCACCAGAACCUGAAGCGGGAAUUCGCCAAUUUCACCUUCCCGCGCCUCCCCGGGAAGUGGCCGUUCUCCCUGUCCGAGCAGCAGCUGGACGCCCGCAGGAGGGGCCUGGAGGAGUACCUGGAGAAGGUGUGCUCCAUCCGGGUCAUCGGCGAGAGCGACAUCAUGCAGGAAUUCCUGUCGGAGUCGGACGAGAAUUACAACGGCGUCUCCGACGUGGAGCUGCGGGUGGCGCUCCCGGACGUCACCACGGUGACGGUCAGGGUGAAGAAGAACAGCACCACGGACCAGGUGUACCAGGCGGUGGCUGCCAAGGUGGGCAUGGACAGCGUCACCGCCAACUACUUCGCCCUCUUCGAGGUCAUCAACCACUCCUUCGUGCGGAAGCUGGCGCCCAACGAGUUUCCCCACAAGCUGUACGUGCAGAAUUACACGUCGGCGGUGCCGGGGACGUGCCUGACGCUGCGCAAGUGGCUCUUCACCACCGAGGAGGAGGCGCUGCUCAACGACAACGACCUGGCCGUCGCAUACUUCUUCCACCAGGCCGUUGAUGACGUCAAGAAAGGCUACAUCAAAGCCGAGGAGAAAUCCUACCAGCUCCAGAAGCUCUGCGAGCAGAGGAAGAUGGUCAUGUACCUGACGAUGCUGCGCUCCUGUGAGGGUUAUAACGAGAUCACGUUCCCGCACUGCUCGUGCGACUCGCGGCGCCGCGGCCACGUCAUCUCCGCCAUCAGCAUCCGCCACUUCAAACUGCACGCCUGCACCGAGGAGGGGCAGCUCGAGAACCAGGUGAUCGCCUUCGAGUGGGAGGAGAUGCAGCGCUGGGACACGGACGAGGAGGGGAUGGCGUUCUGCUUCGAGUACGCGCGCGCAGAGCGCAAACCGCGCUGGGUCAAGAUCUUCACCCCCUACUUCAAUUACAUGCACGAGUGCUUCGAGCGAGUGUUCUGCGAGCUCAAGUGGAGGAAGGAGAACCUUUUCCAGCUGGUCCGGUCACAGCAAAGGGACGCGGCCACUUAACCCCGGCAGCUUUUCCAUGAAUCCCAAAAAAUUCCACUCUUGUAUUAAAGCCCCUCCCCCCAAACUAAAUCUCAUUAAUUCCAAAUCCAUUCGUGCCCAUCAUCCUCAUGGAAUUCCAGAAAAAACAAAAAAACUGGGAAAAGCCACCUCAGGGGGGCUCCUUUUUCCCACUCAGAUCUCAGAUCCAGCUCCAGGCUGGGAAUUUUGGGAAUUUUGGGAUUUUUUUUUUUUUUUUUAAACAACUGGAAUUUAAAAAAUCAUUGUCAGAUGUGGGGGGGAAAAAAAAAGCAGGAAAAAUCCUUGGGAAUGUUCCAUCCCUGCCUGGCAUCCGUGGGAAUAAUUCCUUGGGAAUCCCAAGGGGUGGAAGUUGAUUUUUAAUGGGAUUUUCCGCCCGUUUUUCCUCCAAAUCCGAGGUUUUUUUUAAAAAAAAAACCACGGGAAAAACAUCCAAAAGGAGUAAAAUUCCAAGGAAAAAUUCCUGGCACAAGGAUCCCGCUCAUG